CCGGGGUGAAGAGUGAGCCCUGCGUCCUUUUUGCGACCAGCGUCCCUCCGUGCGGGUAUGCCGGACAUGUCUUACGAGCUGAGGCUGCCAGCAACACCAGCUAUGGUUUCUAGCUUUCACCUGAGGGUCGCGGUGCACGUGCAGCGGAUACGCCCACCCCCCUUGGAAGGCGGGGUCGUGCUCAGAGCCAAUGAGAGGUUGGGGGGUGGAGGGCUAGGGAAGCUUCCAGAGGCCGACAGGGAGGAGGUUAUAAAAGGGAGCGCCGACUGACCAACACAAGAAUCAUGCAGUCCAAGCGGGAGUGUGAGCUAUGGUGUGAGAGGGUGAAUCCAGAGAACAAGGCGGCGCUGGAGGCGUGGGUCAGGGAGACGGGCAUUCGCCUGGUUCAAGUGAACGGGCAGAGGAAGUAUGGCGGGCCACCCCCAGGCUGGGUGGGCAGCCCGCCGCCGCCCGGGUCGGAGGUGUUUAUCGGUAGGCUGCCCCAGGACGUGUACGAGCACCAGCUGAUCCCACUGUUCCAGCGCGUGGGACGUCUCUAUGAGUUCCGCCUGAUGAUGACUUUCAGCGGCCUGAACCGCGGCUUCGCCUACGCCCGCUACAGCUCAAGGCGCGGGGCCCAGGCCGCCAUCGCCACGCUGCACAACCACCCUCUGCGGCCCUCCUGCCCGCUGCUCGUGUGUCUCAGCACUGAGAAGUGCGAGCUGAGUGUGGACGGGCUGCCACCGGCUCUGACCCGCCGCGCACUGCUGCUCGCGCUGCAGCCCCUGGGUCCAGGCCUUCAGGAGGCGCUGCUGCUGCCCAGCCCUGGGCUGGCGCUCACGCAGAUCGCACUGCUCAAGUUCAGCUCGCACCGUGCCGCGGCCAUGGCCAAAAAGGCCCUGAUGGAAGGGCAGUCACACCUCUGUGGGGAGCAGGUGGUUGUGGAGUGGCUCAAGCCAGACAUGAAGCAGCGACUCCGCCAGCAGCUUGUGGGUCCCUCACCGACGUGCUCACAGCCAGAGGGCAGCCGAUUGGCCCUGGCUAGGGACAAGCUAGAGUCCCAAGGGGCUCGAGCUGCCCUGAAGCUGUUGUGCCAACGGAUGAAGCUAGGUAGCCCAGUGUUUCUCACCAAGUGCUUAGGCACAGGCCCUGCUGGCUGGCACCACUUCUGGUACCAGGUGGUGAUCCCUGGGCAUCCAGUACCCUUCAGUGGCCUCAUCUGGGUUGUGCUGGCCUCGGAAGGGCAGGAUGGGCAUGAGGUGGCCAAGGAUGCUGUGUCUGCACGGCUGCUGGAGGCACUGAGUGAGUCUGGGGCCAGCCUCUUAUGGUCAGCUGGGGCACUAAGUGAGUCUGGGGCCAGUCUCCUGUGGUCUGCUGGAGCUGAGGCAGGUACCAUGGUUAAGCAGUAA